UGUCACACUGAGAUAGGAGCACAAAGACCAUCUCUGCGUUGCUGUGUCCGGACGGGUUCAGAGUUGAAGUCUUUCUGCACAAGACUCAGUUACAGGCUGAUUUCUCAUGCGUGAUUGUUCUCCAGUGUAAGAUUCGGCUGCUUAUCAAUUUCCUUCAGGCCCAAGGUCAUUGAGCAGCCUGUGACUGGAUGUGAAUUAUGGAUAUGAAACUCUCCAGUGUGACUGGAAUCAGCCUCUGGUUGUUAUUAAUUCAAGGAAGUCCAGCUCGUAGUGGGGUCCACCAGUAUCCUAAUUGGCUGGAGGUGGAGGAAGGGGAAGAAGUGGCACUGUCCUGCCACUUCAACCCAUCUGGUCACCCAUCACACCUGGUGGCCUUGCAGUGGGACCUGCCUGAAGGUGAGGUCUAUGUGAUUGUGCCUAGUAAUGUGACGGGGGGCAAGACCAGUGAGAGACUGGCACUCAAGGUGGACCUGCAAGCAAGGAGAAGCAUGUUGCGAAUCAGUGACGUCAACGCCAGAGACAGUGGCCUCUACGUCUGCAUUAUUGAACUCCUUGAGCCUCUGCCCAUUAUCCAGAUGAGGGGGAGCGGGACCCAGCUUCAUGUUGUACCAGGUAACAGGGUAAAUCAAGAGAGAAAGGAACGCAAACUCACCAAAAAUCUUUCCAGUAAUGGCACAAAUCCAGGAACAAAUGAGUCCAAAGUGAUCCUCAAAGUUACUGUGAGUGUGAUCGACGGACCAGUGAUGGAGCUCAGCUGUUUCCUCUUGUUGCUCUGCUUCAUUAGUCUUGUGAUGGUUGCUGGCGUCGGAGACUCCAUCCGGAUGAGGUGGGAAUUUUCCCGGAGAAACAACAUCAGGCGUCACAAGGGGAAGCUCGGGGAGGCUCGGAGAGGAGCCUCCCCAGUUCAGGUCAUGUAGAACGUGGCUUAGACCCAGGCUGGGUCCCUGAUCUCUCUGACCCUCUCCCCGACCCAGGCAAGGAGACCCCGGCAUUGGUAACGCUCCUCACAUUUCUGUCCCUCCUCUCCCCAUUCCCAAAUCCACUCCCUCUCC